AUGAAACUAACAACCCAUCUCCCCUCCAUAACGCCCGUGGCCCUCGAACGCGCAACAACACACCCCUUCCUCCGCGCCGCAGGCAGCGGAACCCUCCCAAAACACACAUUAGCAGCAUGGCUCUCGCAAGACCGUCUCUACGCGCAAACCUACGUCCGCUUCAUCGGCCAGUUACUCUCGAAGACCCACCUCCCACCUACCCCCUCAGCGCCGGGCCAACGCAGUAUACCGGAGAAGAUCCUGGGUAUUCUGGUUGACGCAUUGAAUAAUAUACACCGCGAGCUCGCGUUCUUCGAGGAUGUUGCGAGAGAGUACGGGCUUGAUCUUAAUACGCCGCUGGCUGAGUUGGGAGGGCCCCAGGAAGGGGGAGGGAAGUUCGCGCCCGCACCCAUUACGCAGGGGUACAUUGAUAUGUUUAUGUCUGCGUCGAGUCCCGGGAAUAGUUUGUUGGAGGGGCUCGUUGUGCUUUGGGCUACGGAGAUAUGCUAUCUCAGGGCUUGGAAGUAUGCUGCAGGAUUUUUGGGGAGGAGGGCUGAGAAAGGGGGUGAGGAUACGGAUGGGGGCGCGCUGAGGGAGAAAUUUAUUCCUAAUUGGGCGAGUGAGGAGUUUGAGGAGUUUGUGGGCAAGAUUGGGGAUGUGGUGGAUGAGGUUGCGGAGCGGGAACUUGGGGGUGAAGGUGGUGAUGCGUUAGAACGGUGUGAGAGGUGGUGGAGGCAGGUUGUUUGGUUGGAGGAGAGGUUUUGGCCGGGUGUUGAGGAGCAAUAG